AUGGCUGCUGCUACUGUUCGGGCCGCUGAACGAAGGCCGACGGGGUGCCGCUGCUGUUCGGGUCGUUUGCUGCAACUCGCGAUGGAGGUUCGCUGGAAUCUGAAAUUCAAACAAAGGCCGUUUGCAAGGAUUUCUCGACAGUUCAUCGGCGAUGGUGAGAAAGGAUGUUCGCCGCUGCUGCUUGAUGAAGGUCGCCGUCGAGGAGUCAUCUCGUCUUGUUCGUCGGCACUCUGCUCGCGAGUGAUCGAGGAACCUGUUGCUCGGAUUAAAUCUCAGAAAGACUUCGAGUCGAGAUGCGGAGAAACGGAAAUAAAAAUCCCAAAAUUAGGGGGCGGGAUGCGGCUGAGAUCUGAGACCAAGAAGGUUGGAGAGAAGAUUGAUCGAGAGCCGAGGCCCGAGAGAGAAAGGCAUGGACUUUACCUGAACGGCUGA